GACUGAGAGUGAUCGAGCAAGCGCAGGAGAGAGAGAGAGAAAAAGGGAGAGCACAGGAGAGCAAGAAAAAGAAGCAAUAGCAGAGAGAAAGAGAGAGUCGCAGGAGGAAGAGGGAGAAUGCACGGUGUCUGGGUAACACUUCCACGUUUGUAUCCAGGGCCUUUGUGAAUACACCAUGGGAUGCAUCGGCUCUAGGAGACUGACGGCAGAUGGCGUGCCAGUCCAGAAGGAUGGGGAGCAGCAUGGACGUUCAGAAUUUUCAUGGGAAGGAAUCAAUCUGUCUAUGGAAGACACCACGUCAAUCCUGCCUCGGCUGAAGAGGAACUCAAACGCCUAUGGCAUUGGAGCAUUGGCUAAGUCUUCUCUGUCAGGUGUGUCAGGAGUCACCCGUUCCAUGAAGGAGAGAGUAACCAAGCCCACAGCUAUGGCCCAGGGUCGCGUCGCUCACAUGAUUGAAUGGCAAAACUGGGGCAUGCAGACAGUGGGUGCAGGGAGCCUCGCCCAGUCCCGCAUCAGCACCCAGGAAAGGGAAAAGGAGCGGCGGCUGGAGAAUGACGCCUACAGUGACCUCAGUGACGGAGAGAAGGAGGCCCGUUUUGCUGCAGGUAUCCUGCAACAGUUUGCAAUUUCAGAGGCGACGCUACUGGCCUGGUCAUCAAUGGAUGGGGAGAGCCCACGGUCGGGAUCCAACCAGGGCAGCGUGGCUCAUCUAAGUGAAGUUAAUCAAGAGAGCAUCACCAGUCGAGAUCAGAUAUUGCACCACUCCUCAGCAGAGGUGUGGCCUCACACAUAUGUCUCGCAGGGCCACUACUGCCUCUCCUCCUCUGAUGCCUGGGAGCCGAUCAACACAGAUCCCUCCGGUGUGGCGUCUCCCCCUGCUGGCUCCUACAUGAUGGGGCCUGAUGGGUACGACGGGCAGGCAGCAGCUCACUUCCUGUCACAGCAGCAGCAGCAGCAGCAGUUCAACCUCCAGCAGCAGAGUCAACUACAACAGCUGCAGCAGAUCCAACAGAUCCAGCACUACCAGCAACAGCAGCUCCUGCAGUAUCAGCAACAGCAGUCUCUGGAGCACAGGCUGCACAGUGCCAACCACUCUUUGCAAGCGACGCCCAACAGCACCAUCCACAGCCUGGUCCAUCAAGUCCACCCUCCAUUGGUCGACUUGUGGAAUACGGGGCAGAUCGAGGCCUACCAGGCAGAGGCUGGGGGCUUCAUGGGGGUAGCGGCAGUGGUGGAGCCGAGUCUCUGUGUUCCAUCUGGAGAUGAGAUGGUAGGAAAUGAACAUUCCCCACUACUGGAACAACAAGAGGAAGAGGAGGAGAUCAAGGAAGAAGAGGUGACACUGUGCAUGGAGCCAGAGGCAGCCACGUUGACUCCGCCCACACAACAAGGGGAUGCCUCCGGUGGCAGUAGUCCAGGGCAACCACCGGCAGAGCCAAUCACGGAGCGCAAGGCCUCCGAUGUCACCUCCGGCCUUGUUCAGACUCUAGAGGAGAAGGAAGAGGAGGAGGAGGAGGGGCCAAUGGCUUCCAUGGCAACCAACUGAGUUACUGUCUAGAGACUCCUUGUUAUAAACUGACCACGGAGGCAGGACGGAAAGAGCGUAAUAAUACAAUAUAUAUCUAUUAAUCUGUUCCUUUUCAGGUAUCAAAAACUAAAUUCUGUGGUUGCAAGAUGAAUUCUUCAGAAUGGUAUGAAACAGAUUUGAAAGUGGACUCUGACACAAGAGAAAGGAGACAAGAGCUGAUGCAACAAAGGACACCUAUUUCUUUGUAAGCCUUACAUCCCAAAGGUAAAUCAAGAGAGGAGUGAAGAUGGAGAAAUGAAAGAGAGGACUACACUGAGGACAAGGAGGGGGUGGAGGAGGAGGAGGAAAAGGAGGAGGAAGAGGAGGAGGAGGAGGAGGAGGAGGAGGAGGAGGAGGAAGGGCACCAACUGACAGUGACAUUUCCAUCGUGGAAAUGAAACCAUACUGAGAUCAAGAGGAGGGGAAAUGGAAACAUGCAUGCUUUUUAUGAAGACAAGAAACCCGACCCUGUCAUCGUCUUAAAUGAUAACAAAAUCUACUAUAAUAGAUCAUUAUAAUAAGAAUAAUUUUGUAAUAAAGCAAAAAGCAAACAAAAGAAAAAUCAAUGUAUAAGUGUAUAAUAAGAUUUAACCGUUUUCCUAAGGGAGAACUACUCUGUUUACAGCUGUUACUAAACAUAUUAGCUAGUGUUUAAUCAAAUUAAUUUCCCUGUUACAUUGAACACACACAGUCAACAGCGGGGCCCCAAACCACUUCAAAUGUAAUUAAAGUAGGCUCAGAAAAUGUCAGCAUUUCAGUGAAAUGCAGUUAAACCCUUGAGAAUAAAUUCUUGUAUAAUGUGGCACCAGGAUGCCUGAGGCACAACCCAGGGACAGGCCUGUCCUGCUGACUGCACACACUAAACACUGCACAGAUAAGGAUUGUACUGUAAGAUAGUGUGCUUCCUACUCUGUCUCUCUGUAUGCAUGUUUCUUCAGCGUACUAUGGAGUACCUGUACUAUACAGCACUGUAUAGACUUUGCACUGAACCAUAGUAUCCCAGGUGGGGCCACAGUGGGCCUGUGUUGGUCAUGAGUGGAAAGUUUCGUGGCGUGAAUGACGGAGAAUUUAAGACAGAGCUGCAUAAGCAAAUCUCUUUUGCACUGAUGCAAUCCAACAGAUCAGAGGUUGCCUUUGGACUGUUGACGUUACCCAUUUCUCACUCUGAAAGCUUUUAGCACCACCGACAACCAAAACCGAGCCACUUAACAACAUGAACCCUCAGCUGCUUUUUCCAUAGACAUAGUUGCGAUAAAUUGAGGAUGAUAACCACUAUUUGAAUGUACUGGAAGACAGAUGGCAGUACAUGAUCCAAGGCUGUUUGCAACCACAACAUUGUUUUUGAAGUCUCCUCGCGGUCGACACAGGAGUAAGUCAAAAGCGUUGUUCAGACACAAUGAUAAACAAAGGGAUUCUUUCAAAUGUGUGGGUGGGAGCUGUUUAAAAUGCAUACAGAUUCACUGCUGGCUCACCUACAUCAACACAACACACAAACACACACUCACACACACACACACACACACACACAGAAAACACAUCAAUAUCUAAAUUGUAACCAGCAAUAGGCAGGCAAAACACUGGCUUCGCAACAGACCAGUGUCAGCUCUGUCGCAUAGAUGUAAAUACUCUGAAUAUAUUAAAAAAUCGCCUCUCACUUACAUCACAACUGUUCUAGUACAGUAUGAUUUGUUUAUUUUUUUACACCUAAGUACCACUUCAGUUUGGGAUUGCGCUCAAGAUCACAAUCUAAGCCUGAUACAAUGACAAGCAAAGAACAAAACAGAGGAAUGUUGAUGUUGUAAAUAGGGUGAUUACCCAGCAAAUCCAUCAGUGACACUGAGUACAGACAGUUUAGGUUUUGCGGGGACGUUUGCAGCCCGUGUGCAGCUCAAUCAGCCAGUCAGGGAACAGAACAGAAGACUAGAACUGAAAAGUAGAUCGGUGUCUUCCUGCUCAUUGUGAUUACUGUGAAGCAGCUGCCUGGAGUGUGAUAGUGAUGUCUGAGAAAGCAUGUUUUCAUUUUUUUGUUUUGGUUUUUCUUGGUUCUUUUCUUUCGCCUGAGGAAUGAUGGGUGUUUUCCAGCGAGGAGGGGAGUUAAAAACAGUAACAGUAAGGUGGACUUUAUGUGCAUGACUCACUGAAGAAUAUACAACCACUGUUUCCAUCUUUUCUCUGUUGGGGAGCACCUUCUCCUCUCACUUUGAUGAUUGUGUGAGAAACUUUUAAGAUAAAAAAACAGUUUAUUGACUUGAAUGAAUUUAUUUAUUAAUUGCUUCUUUAUGCAAUGUUGGGACAAUGUUUAUUUUUCUACUGACUUGUUGAAAUCCCUUCCAGUAUAAGUUAGAAUAGGUGCCAGGCUUGUAAAGCACUCUUGUUUGUCCUGGUUUUGAGCACUUUACACAAAAAAAUAAUAAGUUAUUUAAAGAUUAACAAAGGAAACUUCAAGAGCUGAUGUAUGACAUCUGGCAGAUCAUCUAAGAGGGCUCAAAACUGCAAACAGAAUGUCUUUACACGAUGGCAAAUAUUCAUUUAUUUAUUGACAAUUACUUGGUGGGGAGGAAAAAUGUGACAGCUUGUACAGAGUUUAUUAUUUCUAUGUAGGUACCAACCCUUCUGGGAGCAGUAUCUUCUUCUUGUCACCUUAAAGAUUAAUGUCAAUCUGUUUAUAUUUACUGAUGACACAUGAUUAUUUGGGCUCGACCGUUUGGGCUCAAAAAGACUUGAUAAGGAACCACAUCUAGGCUUGAUGAAACCAGAAAAGACACUGCUUCAAUUUGGGUUCUUUUGUUGCUUUUUUUUUUUUUUUGAUCAAAAAUCGUAAUGAAUGAAUAAACUAAUAACAAGAAGCCAAAUAUAUUUCUGUGGAUGUUAAGGUUUACGGAUCAUGUCUUUAUUAACUGACUGAUUUGCAGUUAAGUUCCUGUUUUUGUAUAAUUCUACUGCCAUCAUCCAAAAGUUACAGUAACUUGUCUGCAGGCAUGAUGCUCAAUCUGCUUCUGGUUCUCUGCCUUUCUCCUUCUCUUUCUAUCUCUUUGUACCUGUUCUGUAUAUUUGUGUCUGUCUGUUUGUCUGUCUGUCAGUGUACAGUAGUUGUCUGCGGUCUUGUUGGAAGAAUCACUGCCUGGGGAAAAAAAAAAAGAAAAAUACCCAAAAAAAAAUUUAACCAAAGGGGAUUUAAGGCAAUCAGACAUGUAACAUGGAUAUAAUUGGGUCAUGUGACUAAAUGCUGUAUAAAACGCUGUAUAAAUUGGGUGGCUUUUGUAAAAGUCUGUAUAAAAUUGGAUUAGUUGUCUGAAAUGAGGCAGUGUGGCUGGUGAUUCCAGUGCACACUCGUAACACUCACACCUAUGCAUGCUUGUUGGACGGCUGUCACAGGAUGGUUCUUCCACGUGGUUCCCUCGCUCCUCUUCUGUCAACAACUCUCUGUUUCUUCCUGUUUCUCUUCCUUUCCCCUCUUUUUCCUGCAUGACAGAACCUCCUUUACCUGUCCUCCCUUUCUUCUUUUCCUCCGGUGGAGAAAGAGCAAAUAAACAAACCAACAAAUGGCA